AUGAAUUGCGUUUUUGCCUUUUUGCUGUUCACCUCAACGGGCUUUUUACUGUCACCCGUUGUGGACGGUGGUGCUGCCUUGGCCGUGGCAUGUCCAGUGGUUUGCACGGCCUUUGUAACUGGUGGAGUAACUGCGGCAAAUGCCGCAGGUAUCGCAGCAGGCGUUGCAAACCCUAUCCUUGGAAUACUAAUAGCAGCGCUAGAAGGAGCAGCUGGUGCAGCAGGUGUCGGAAUGACUGUAGCUGGAUGCACAACUGUGUGUACGACCGCUUUGUCUAUAGCGUCUUGCUUUGACGAAGAAACCAUUUCAACAGUUUUAGAAAAUGGAAAACUACAAGAUGUUCCUUUUCGAGCAAUUGGCGUGAAUUCAGUGGUUAAAAGUCUGAACGAAGACGAUGUCACCAUUCCGUCAUUCACAAAAAUAAAGCGAAUGCAGAUCAUUGAAGGACACUUCGAUUUUGUACAGCUUGAUUUCGAAGAUAAAGUAACAUCUUUGAAUGUAACUACUCCACAUAUUAUGAUCGUGUAUUCAAAGGACAAAGGUUUCAUUGCAAAAGCGGCGAAAGAUGUGAAAGUAGGCGAUCAAAUGUUAUGCAGCAAAACAGGAACAGUUAUAAGAGUAUCAAAAAUCAGCUCCUUCUACAAAACCAGGAAAAUUAAUGUUGAAACCGAGAGUGGAACCCUAGUUGCCAAUGGAUUAUAUGUAAGUGGAGUUUGUGAAUAUAAUCCACGUAUUCAAAACACAACAUUUCAAAACCCCCAAAAUGUCUAUUUCCUAAAUGAGUUUUUGCAUACCUACAGAAAAAGUCAUGGUUAUUUUCAGAUAAAUGUAAAUUGGCGAUCAUAUUUACACGUUUGAUUUCUCGAUGUGGCAUUAAAUUUACACCAUCUUAUAUUAGGGGAACUCAACGACUGCUUUCUGUAUAGUACUGCUCCAUGAAGAAACAAAGUUUGCGCAGAAGUCAUCGCCAUAUCUGAAAAAAAAAGCUAGAAAUUUCUAGGUGUCUUGUUCAAUUCAUCUAAGAUUCUCUGAUGUUUUCUGUUCACUUGCCGACGAUUUUUGGAAGUUAAUUAGAAUUUCACUUCAAGCUUUCUUCCAACAUUUAGCUGUAUUAUUCGAAAUAGUAGCGGCAAUCUGAUAUUCUUGACCGUUUCGUGCAUGAAUAGCAUCUACGUAUUUUAGGGAAAUAGUAGAAAUGCGCCAAAAAAUUCGAAAAGGUUUAAGUUGUCCUGGGAUGACCGAACAAAUAUACACUCUUAUGCGUAGCUUGGCUAGAACGUAUCCGUAGAGACUUAAACGAACUCUACGCAACUGAAAACAAGCUUUCGAAAAAAAGGAAAAGGAAAGAAAGGAAGAAAGAAAAAGAAACAGUCAUUGGGUUGGUGCCCCAGUUGUAUACCGAAAACUGGGGCCGGCUAAUUGCUUUUAGAUUUUCUGUAACUUUUUACUCCAUUGAUGCAGUUAAAUUAAAUGAUAAAGGCAGUUUAAUUACCUACGUCUAUAUAUGUGUGAGUACUAUGUUAGUUUUAAAAGUGAAUAAACUCCUGUUUCGCCACAAAUAUUUGUUAACAUUGUCAUAGUGAAAAAUUAUGUAAUACAGCUAGGGACCUCUGACGAAAAUGCUCAGAGAUUUUAAUGAAUUUAAUGUAUGCUUUUAUAUGGGAUAAAAAAAAAAAAACAAUUGUCAACCUUUUCUAUUUUUUUCUACUUUACGUAGGGGGAGGUAAGGGGGAAUUGGGUUGUAGAAAAGGAAGACACUGAUCCAUUUCAUUUAGGGUUAAAGUGA